AAUGGUCGAUUAUAUCGCCGACUAUCUUAUUAAUAUUAGACAACGUAAUGUCUUCCCAGAUGUAAAACCAGGAUACAUGCGAGAUUUACUACCCGAGAAAGCCCCAAUUAACGGAGAAAGUUGGCAAGAGAUAUUUAACGACGUUGAGCGUGUCGUUAUGCCUGGUAUAACACACUGGCAAUCCCCGCAUAUGCAUGCCUACUUUCCGGCCUUGAACUCGUUUCCUUCACUACUCGGAGACAUGCUGGCCGAUGCAAUUGGUUGUUUGGGCUUUACUUGGGCAUCUAGCCCUGCUUGUACUGAAUUGGAAAUUAUUGUUAUGGAUUGGCUAGCAAAAAUGAUCGGGUUACCAUCAGAAUUUUGGCAUUGUACAAAUUCAAAGAAGAAUGUUGUAGAGAAAAUGGGAGGUGGUGUAAUUCAAACAACCGCUAGUGAAGCUACUUUUGUUAGCCUCCUAGCUGCUAGGACAUCAGCUAUCAAUAGGAUGAAACAAGUUUGUAAGAUGAAAAGUAUCGAAGUAGAUAUUGCAGAUAUCAACUCAAGAUUGGUAGCAUAUUGCUCUGAUCAGGCUCAUUCAUCUGUUGAAAAAGCAAGUCUUAUUGGACUUGUAACUCUUCGACUGCUUAAAACCAAAGAUGAUCUCUCGCUGGACACUGAUCAUUUGAAAGAAGUGAUUAGAGAAGAUGUUCAAGACGGUCUUAUACCUUUCUUUUUAUGUGCAACUUUAGGAACAACAGGAGCUUGUGCAUUUGACAAUUUGGAACUUAUCGGACCAAUAUGUGAAAAGGAGCAAAUAUGGUUGCAUAUUGAUGCUGCUUACGCAGGCUCAGCAUUUGUUUGCCCUGAAUAUCGUCACUUUAUGAAAGGAAUUCAAUUUGCGUCUUCCUUUGCGUUUAAUCCAUCGAAAUGGUUAAUGGUACAUUUUGAUUGUACUGCGAUGUGGGUUAAAGAUAGUGGUGCACUUCAUAGAACAUUCAAUGUUGAACCUUUAUAUCUGAAGCAUGAAAAUAUGGGUGCAGCUAUUGACUUUAUGGGCGUACGACUAGCUAAACUCUUCGAGAAGUUGUUGUUAGAGGAUGGAAGAUUCGAAAUACCAGCUAAAAGACAUCUUGGUAUGGUUGUAUUCAGAUUAAAAGGUGAAAAUGAGCUGACAGAGAGAUUGUUGAAGAAGUUGAACGGAUCUGGAAAAAUUCAUAUGGUUCCGGCGUCUUUUAAGGAAACUUAUGUAAUCAGAUUUACAGUAACAUCUCAAUUCAGUAGCGAAGAGGAUAUUAGAAGAGACUUCAAAAUUAUUCAAGAAAAGGCUAAGAGUAUUCUUAACGAAGCAACUUUGCCAGUUACAGAUGAAGUUGAAGAGGAGAAACCAGAAACAGAGGUUCUGGAGAGAAAGAGGCCUAUAAGUGCUCGUGGUGAAAUACGUAAAGAGGCACUUAGAAAUAGAAGAGACGAGUUUGGUCUUAGUUUGAUGCUAUCUAACGUUCCAAUGUCACCAAAAUUUGUCAAUGGAUCAUUUUUGGCCUUAUUCGACCUACAACAGGAAACUGUUGCUGAAUACGCCAAGCUGUUUAGACGUCGACCGUCUACGACUUCAGGUCUAAAGAAUCGGCAUCUGCUGGCCUGGACGCCUCGAAAUAUGCGCUUACAGGAUGGCAAUAAAAAGUUUAGUAGUUUUGACUCGGUUUUACCUACAGAAAAAGCCGUUAAGCCGUUGAGACAUAGGAACGACUCCCUCGAUUCGAAAAUUGAAAAAAUAUUCGAAUCAUUCGAUUCCAGUUCAGAUCUAACUGCUGACGAACCGGACAUGGAAAGUAACGGUCACGUGACUAGGUGCGACAGAUGCGGUCAUCUGGUGGCGAAUUGUAACAAAGCUGCUGAGUGUCGAGUCGAUGGAGAAAUAUAA